AUGGAGGACGGUCUGGUGGAGUUGAAGCCACAUACCCUGGAGAAGCUGAGAAGAGAAGUGGACCUAGAUGACCCUGAUAGAAGAAGAGAGGCGAUAGAUAUUCUGCGAGAGUGGAUAAAGAAGCAGGAUCACUUUUUAGUGAAGGAUUUUAGUGACUAUUACUUGGAAUGGAGGCUGCUGACCAACGGAGGUUCUAUAGAGAAGUCCAAGAUUGUGAUAGACCGGCUGUGCACAUUAAGGACCCUCAACCCUCACCUGUUCGGUGUUUAUAAUGUGAAGGAGGACUUCGCGCAUGUGUUCGACAACGGAAUAUGCUUUGCAUUGCCGAAGGUCAUGGAAGAGGACAUCCGAGUCAGUUUCAUCAAGUUCUUCAAGAAGGAUCACAUCAAGACAUAUUUCGUGGACUUCCUACGAUACAUAGUCGUUAUGGCAGAGUACAUGACGUACCACGACUACUUGCACAAGACGGUGUUGGUGUUCGACUUCCUCGACGUCAACCUCAACAGCUUCGUCACUGACAUGGACUUCAUGGAGUUGAAGCGGCAUUCCACCGUCUUGCUGGAAGGCUUCAGAAUGAAACCGCAGAAGAUACUGCUGAUGACUGAAUCUAAUCUGGCGGCAACUCUGCUGACGAUACUGAAGACCCUCCUCAAACCGAAGAUCAUACAGAGGAUACAGGUGAUCAGGAACCACGAGGAGCUGAGCGAGAUCGUCCCACGAGAGAUCCUGCCGAAGGACUAUGGUGGUGAUGAAAUAGCUUUCAAGGAUCUAAAAGAAAAAUGGUUGAACGAGCUAUCAUCACCGAAGAUGAUGGAGAUGUUGAAGCAGAGGAGCAAGGAGAGGACGGACGAGUCACUGCGGCCGAUGUGCCAGUUCAGCGAGCACUACGCCGGCAUGGAGGGCACAUUCCGGUUCCUGAGGGUGGAUUAGGGGAGAGGGAGAAAGAGAGGGGGGAGGGAGAAUGAGAAGAGAGAAAAAUAAUGU